AUGUCCGACUCCGCGCCAUCCUCAGACCCCUACCGCAAGACCAGUCUUGUACCCUAUGUCGAUCCUGCCACGGCGCCGCCAGCCGUAGCCGAGAAGCUCAAGGUCCUCCCCUUCCGGCGGAACAUCUUCCUUCUGCUCGGCCACUCGCAGGGCCUCUUUCCGCACCUGAUGGGCGUCAUUGGCGGGUGUUUCGACGGGAAAGCACGCACGGUGCAGCUGCUCGACUGGCAGCUGAUAGUGCUGCGCACGGCGACGACGCUGGGCGCCCCUUACGAAUACGACGUCAACCUCCCCGUCGCAGAAGCCUACGCCAUGGACCCCGCCAAGAUCGCCGCCAUGGCCUGCACCGCCGAGAGCGUCCGCGCCGGCGACGGGCCGUGGAGCGCGCGCGACCGCGUCCUCCUCCGCGUCGUCGACGAGCAGCUGGCUACGUACACCAACGAGCCGCAGACUAUCGCCGACGCGCUGGAGCUGCUUAGCAACGCGGAGCUGGUCGAGACGCUCAUUAUUCUCGGCACUUAUGCCCUCAUUGCCCGCGUUAUUCGCGGAUUGAAGAUUGAUGACGAUCAGCCUGUUCGUCCAGAUGGCCUGAUCGAGAUGCUAAAGAAAUCGGUUACGCCGACUGUGCCGCAUUAG